UCACACAACCACACAAUUCAACGGAUCACACAGCAGCAAAGCAAGCAAGCGAAGCACAGCUGACGCACCUCCUCCUCCUCCUGGCCUUUGGCACCUCUCCUUCCAUAAGCACUUCGCAGUGCACGGCACGAUGGACUUGACAAACGCCAUGCACAAGAUGACGCUGAGCACGCAAGCUCAGGAGUUUCAGCCAUCCACGUCUGCGCCCAUGAUGACACCUGCUGCAAAUGCACAGGAGUUUGUGCCUUCGUACCUCAGCAACUCCAACACACCGGCGCUGUCGCCUGGGAGUGCACCUUUUACGCCAAGCGUGAAUGCGCACCACCCAACCAGCAUACAGGCUGCACCCCAGUCCUUCCAAGAGUACCACCCAUCGACAGAGCCCGCACAGCAGCUUGCACAGGUGCAGGAGUACCACCCUUCAUCGGCAUCACCCAGCACAAACCCAGGUGUCCCCAACACACAACCCCUGCAACAGCAACAGCACCAACCGCCGCAGCUCGCACCACAGGGGCUGCCCAUGCAACAGGGGCAAUACCAGGACCCGACCAUGUUCCCUGGUGACCCCAUGUUUGAUCCCACCGCCAUGGGCUUUGGUGCGCCCCAGCACGCUGACCAGGGUGUUCUUCCAGGCUACAUUGAAGCGUACCAAGAUCGCACGCGUCCAAUCCAGCCACCUCUGGAGCCGCUGCCGUACAUGUACACCGUUGGGCAGCUCCUCAUGCCCCAUGCCGCCCACAAAUUGCGCAAGACAGACUCCUACUUCUCCUCAGAGGACCUCCGCAAGGAGCUGCUGUCUCAGCGCUGCGCUCUUGAGUUCUCCGCAGUCAGCGAUCCAAACUUGCCGCUUGAGGUGGACAACUACCACACGCUGAUGCCGCUGGAGCCGAUGGUGAAUGUGAGCAAAGUGUUUGCGCUGCCCACCAUUGCCUACAGAGCCGUCAGCAGCGAGGACGGACAGACGCACAUGCUCAGGCGCCUUGUCGGCUACCAGCUGUCGGAGUCUGAGGCGAUGAAUCCCGUGCGCGCGUGGCAGAAGGUCGCGCACGUGGGCAUUGCUGCCGUGAAGGAGGCGUUCACCACCAAGGAGUUUGGCGACAGCUCGCUUGUGUUUGCUGGGGAGUUUUUCCCGAAUGCGACGACGCUGGAGCAGCGGUACCUCAGCACCGUCGCCUCCCGCCCCUUUGACGAACACAUUCUCUGGGACUUCACCAUCCAGCUCACAUCAGCGAUCCGGGCUGCGCAUGCGUCAAAUCUUGCUGUGCGGUGCGUGCGAGAGUCGAAGGUGCUGGUGACGGCGCGCCAGCGGCUCAUCGUCACAGGUGUCGGUGUGCAGGAUGUGCUUGCAUUUGACGCGAACCCGCCCGUCGACAUGGACGAGGCAAAGAUGCUUGAGCGCGUGAAGCAGGUCUACUCGGCCGACCUCUACAACACAUUGCGGUAUCUGCUGUCGCCGUCGCCGGCAUCGCGGAGGAAAUCUGUGCACGACCUCAUGCCGCUGAUUGGAUCGCGCUACUACAAGAAGAUUGACAGAGAGCAGGCCACCAGCGCUGUGUUGGAAUCUGAACUCAGCAAAGAGCUCUACAACGGCCACCUCUUCAGAAUCAUGACAAAGCUCAUGAUGGUAACCGAUCGCCCAACAAAGGACCCGCGCUUCCGCGAGGGUGGCGAACGGUACAUGCUCAAGCUCUUCAAACACUACGUCUUCCACCAGGUGACCAAGGAGGGCGAGCCGUUCCUUGACCUAGCGCACGUCGUGCAGUGCCUGGCAAAACUCGACGCAGCGUCGCCAGAGCGCGUGUGUCUCAUGAGCCAGGAUGGCAAGAACAUCAUCGUCGUCACGUAUGCCGACCUGCACCGCAGCCUGCACGGCGCCUUCCAAGAACUCGUCAACGCUGCCUCCUCCAUGGCGUGACGCGCUCACAGGUCCCGGUGCUCUGUGCAUGCUUGCUUCGCCCUGGUGAUGCUGUGUGGUGGUGGUGGUGGUGAUGUGUUGGGUGGCUGCAUGUGUGCAUGUGUGCGUCCCCGGCUGCAAUCAUGAAUAGACAUCAUUUACCGCG